AUGCAGUUUCUAACUGACUAUGACACAGGAACUGUGCCGUCAUUUCUGAUGAUUGUUGGAUUAGCUAUGUUUAUUUCUGGUUCUCUUUUUUCGAAAGCAGCAUUUGAUUGUGCUUAUCCAGACUCUAGGCUGUAUAAAAAAGAUUUUGAGCUGAAAAAGCUCAUAGACAAAUUGCAAUUGGAAUAUAAGUGUUGUGGGAGCAACAAUUUUGAAGACUGGUUCAAAGUUAGCUGGGUAAAUGAAGACUUUCUGGAUGUGGAAGACGAAGAAAUCAAAAGUAAAAUGGAAUCUGGAAUGUACAUGGGUCAUGAUGUUCCCUUCAGCUGUUGCUUUAUUUACACCUAUAGACCAUGCGUUCACACCAAUGUCGACCCAGGGUCACGUAGUGAAUACACCCAUACAUUGAAUAAAAGAGGAUGUGCUGGAACUCUCAUGGACUUCUUUGAGUCUUCCAUCUUGGAACCUGCAGGAGUUUUCAUUUUGAUGACAUUUUUUAUUGAAAUCCUUUCCACAUUCCUUGCCCGCUACCAGCAGACAUGUAUUGACGAUGCCAACUUAAUGGAACCAACAGGGCCUGGUACUGCCUGUUUAUGUCCUAAUAUUGGAACUGGGGAUGCCAUGAAAUAUGUGAAAAGCGAUACAAAGAUACCAACUCCAAAAGAUGCAGAAAAUUACCAAACUGGUGGAGGUCACAAGGAGAGUAAAACAGAUGAUGGUGGAGGUGGUGACUUUGGUGGUAACCGUUAUGGUGGUGGUGGUGUUAGUGAUGAUAGUGGAGAUGGUGAUGAUAGCGGAGAUGAUGAUGAUGAAAAGAAAAAGAAGGAAGACAAAGCAAAUGAAAAGAAAGCCAAAGGGGAUGAAAAGAAAACUACAAAAGACAAAGAAGAAGCUAUUAAAAUAGAUAAAAAAGAUGAAAAAAUGAAGAAAAAAGACAUCAGUGAUGAUGAUGAGGAUGAUGAUGAGGAUGAUGGUGGUGGCAGUGAUGAUGGUGAUUUUGGUGGUGGUGGUGGUGGUGAAGCUGGCAGUGGAGGUGGUGCUGAUGAACAAUCAGAGGGAAAAAACAAAUCUGAAAAGAAAGAGAAAGAUGAAAAGAAGAAAGAUGAUAAAGAAAAGAAAGCCAAAAAGGAUGAGAAGAAAGAUAAAAAGGAUGAGAAGAAAGAUAAGAAAGAUGACAAAAAGGGCAAAAAAGAUGACAAAAAAGGCAAAAAAGAUGACAAAAAGGAUGACAAAAGAAGCAAAAAAGAUGACAAAAAGGAUGAUAAAAAAGGCAAAAAAGAUGACAAAAAACCAAAGGAAGAUGAAAAGAAAGCUAAAAAAGAUGACAAAAAGGAUGACAAAAAAAUAAAAGAUGAAAAGAAAGCCAAAAAAGAGGACAGCAAAAAGAAAAACAAAAGUGAUGAUAAGAAAAUGAAAAAAGAGGACACUAAAAAUAAAAAGGGAACAUCAGAAGAUAAAUCAAAGAUAACAAAGGACAAGUCACCAGAUAAAGGAAAGGACAAAUCACCUGAUAAAGCUAAGAAGGAAAAAAGUAAAUCUCCUGAGAGAUCCCGCAAAGACAAAUUUGAUAAAGAAAAAUCUAAAUCUGAUGGAAAAAAUUCAAAGUCAGAAAAGUCUAAAUCAGAAAAGUCAAAAUCUAAGAGUAGAUCCAAAUCCAGUGAAAAGAAAUCUCCAAAGACUAAAUCAGAUAAAAAGUCUAAAUCACCAGAUUCUAAAUCUGGAAGUAAAUCCAAAUCCAAGAAAAGCACAUCCACACCAAAAGCAAAAUCACCAAAAGCAAAGUCAAAAUCACCAAAAGCAAAACCAAAAUCACCUAAAGCAAAAUCAAAAUCACCAAAGGCAAAAUCAAAAUCACCUAAAACAAAAUCAAAGUCAAAGUCACCAAAACGCGAUACAGAGAUACCAUUCUCAAAGGAAGUGGAUAGUUACCAACUUGGUGGAGAUGACCAGAAGAGUGAAACAGAUGAUGAUGAUGGUGGUGGUGGUGGUUAUGGUAGUGAUGGUGGCGGCAGGAGUUAUGGUGGUGAUGACAGUGAUGAUGGUGGUGGAGGAGGUGGUGGUGGUGGCGGUAAUGAUGAUGGUGGUGGAGGCGGUGGUGGUGGUGGCGGUAAUGAUGAUGGUGGAGGUGGUGGCAGUGGUGGUGAUGAUGGAGGAGGUGGUGGUGGUGGUGAUGAUGGUGGUGGUGGUGAAAAAGAUAAAAAGGAUAAAGAUAAAGAUAAGAAAGAUAAAGAUAAAAAAGAUAAGAAAGACAAAGAUAAGAAAGACAAAAAAGAUAAAGAUAAAAAGAAAGAUAAAGAGAAGAAAGACAAAAAAGAUAAAGAUAAAAAGAAAGAAAAGGAAAAGAAAGACAAAAAAGAUAAAAGUAAAGACAAAAAAGAUGAUAAGAAAUCCAAAAAAGAAGACAGCAAAAAGAAGGACAAAAGUAGUGAAAAGAAAAAGGAUGACACCAAAAAUAAAAAGGACAAAUCUUCUGAUAAAUCUAAGAGGGAAAAAAGCAAGUCUUCUGAUAGAUCCCGCAAAGACAAAUUUGAUAAAGAAAAAUCUAAAGGGAAAAAAUCUAAGUCCGAAAAGUCUAAAUCUAAGAGCAAGUCCAAAGAUAAAUCUAAGUCUAAAUCUAGAAGUAAGUCCAAAGAUAAAUCUAAGUCUAAAUCUAGAAGUAAUUCCAAAGAUAAAUCUAAGUCUAAAUCAAGAAGUAAGUCCAAAUCAUCUAAGUCCAAGAAAAGCAAGUCUUCAGGGAAGAAAAGUAAAUCCAAGUCACCCAAAGGCAAAUCCAAGUCAAAAUCAAAAUCAAGAUCAAAAUCAUCCAAAAGCAAAUCAAAAUCAAGAUCAAAAUCCAAGUCAAAGUCACCCAAACGUAAAUCCAAGUCGCCCAAAAGAAAGUCGCCAAAGAGGAAGUCUCCAAAGAGAAAGUCACCGAAGAGAAAAUCACCCAAGAUGAAGUCACCGAGGAGAAAAUCACCCAAGAUGAAAGCGAGAAAGUCACCCAAGAUGAAAUCUCCCAAGAUGAAGAAGACAGGAUUUAAAAAGCCCAGAAUGGGACGCCGUUGAUAUGAAGUGACUCUAAAUGAAACAAUGUAAUUUUAACAGACAUCUUUAACAUUAAAGACAGACAAUAGUGUGAUAAGAUUAUUAUCAUUGAUUAUGUUGCAGCCAUUUU